AUGCUCAAUGAAGACAAUGUAGCUGGUCAAGCAGAUGGGAAAGGCAGUCCAGCUCUAGGAGGAUCGACAGAUGUGGAGACGGACUGUCCGUCACGUGACGGGUACGUGUGGCUGCGAGCAUAUCGCACGUGCAUCAAGUUUUACCAGACUCCCAUGAUCUUCAUGUACGCGUACAGAACCUGUACAAGUGUCGGUACACGACUCGCUGUACUCAACACAACAGCAAAGUACAAAGCUGUUACAACAUACCUGACAGCCAACGGCAUCUCAGUUAUGCGGAUCUCCAUUGGAGGGGCGCGAGAUGGAGCAAUCAAUGGCAGCAGAACAACGUGGAGCAGUGCUCUUCAUCCCCUGUACUGGGUGAAUGGAAUGAAAAUGGCUUUCAGUGGGCCUGACACCUUCUGGUCGAGUGGAAACCCUGACAACUUUUACGGAAUUGAAGGAUGUCUUGAACUCUACUGGAACUUCUGGAAUGACGGACAGUGUGAUUUACUUAAACCAUUCAUCUGCGAAAAGGUUCUGAACUGA